UUUCUUCGCGAGUAUCGUUGUCGUCAACAUUUUUCCAGUCCCGUUCCGUUGUCGUUGCGCGAUAUAUGCUGUACAAAUGCUGCCAUUUGAAAUGCAUCGUGGAAUGUUCUGACUUUCCCUUUCGUGAUGUCCAGUACGAAUUGACUUUUUUAUCUCCUUCAUUCGAACAAUGAUACCAAUUACCAACUGUAACAACUUUUAUCAAGCAAAUGGAGAGCUGUUGGUAUCGCGCUCAUGGAAAUAAACAAAACAGAAUGCUCUUCGAAAUUUGAUGUGAGAAAGUUGAGGAAGUAUUAAAAAGCUGCGAUGAAUCUCGGUUUGAAAAAUAAGCCCGGCUCCUCUUCAGAAGAAAAUCUUCGAAAUUGAACUGGGGAAUUUGGAAACAAUUAUGGAAGAACAAAAAGAGGCUGACGGAUUCAAUACGAUGUCAUAGAUAGCCAGUUACACACUUACACUUCAUCUGCCUGUACUCAUUCUUUUGUGUACAAGAGAUAACAUCUGCGUUAUGCAAGAAUGAUAGAGCUACUUUUUUGAAAUAAAAGAAAAUGACACCUUCAUUGGAGGGCAUUCUCAGUUCAGGAAGUAAAGAACGCAGCAUUCGCGGUGUGUAGAUUAGCGGACGGCAUUUAUAGGUGACUGACAGAGCCAUCAUAGUGCAACAACGCAGCUCCACAUACAAUAAUCAUUGAAAGAAGUGGAAGAAAAAGGAAAAAGUGACUGGAAAAUAUCCUAGGACUGAUCUGAAAUGGAGUGGGGCACAAUUAUUCUUGCUUCUUUACCAAUCAUCAUACUACUGUUGUAUUGGCACUUCACACGUACAUUUUCCCACUGGAGGAAGAAAGGUGUCUUUUAUAUUGAGCCUCAGAUUUUCUUUGGAAAUGUGAAGGAUAGAUUCACCUUCCGCUGUUCCUUUCAUGAAAUGCAACUGAGGCUUUAUAAGCAGUUUGAGGGACAUCCUUUUGCAGGAUAUUUUGAGGGCCGUCGACCUGUAUUAAUAGUUCGAGACCCAGACCUCAUCAGGAACAUCAUGGUCCGUGAUUUUGACUGCUUCGUGGACCGACCAGUGCUACGUUUGAAGAACAGACCACACAUAGAUAAUAUGUUAAUUAACCUGAAGGGAGCUGAGUGGAAAAAAGUGCGUGCUAUGCUCACCCCUACUUUUAGCUCAGGAAAGCUGAAAUCUAUGGAGGAAAUAGUAGUACAGUGUGGAAAUCAGAUGACACGCUACCUAACAGAACAUGUAACAGAUAAUAGCAAUGAGUUUGAAAUGAAAGAUCUCUUUGGAAGGUUCACAAUGGAUGUUAUUGCAACUUGUGCAUUUGGUGUGCAGUGUGACUCGCUGAAGGACCCAAAUGAUGAGUUUGUGAAAACAGCUUCAGAAUUCAAUGACAUUUCUGUCUUGGACAGAGUUAUCAUACUUGCUGUACUUUUUAUUUUCCCACCACUGCUGAAGUACCUACCAGUGUCCUUCUUCAAUGAAAAGUCCAUAGCUUUUCUCGCAAAAGUGGUCCAAGAUACAAAAGAUUAUCGUAAGAAUAAUGAAAGUGCAAGGAGGAAUGACUUCUUGCAAUUGGUUUUGGAUGCUGCCGCAAAGGAAAAUGAAGACAUAAAAGAGCAGCGUAUCCAGGAAUCAGUGAUGACAGAUGAUAAAAUAGUUGCUCAGUCAGUUUUAUUUCUUCUUGCUGGCUAUGAGACUUCAAGUACACUCCUUUCUUAUGCCAGCUAUGAAUUGGCUCUAAGCCCUGAUGUUCAGGAAAAGGCUAGAAAUGAAGUGAAGAAGGUUUUGUUAAAAUAUGGAGGCGUAUGCACAUAUGAAGCAUUGAAUGAGAUGAAUUAUCUUGAAAAUGUGUUGUCAGAGGCCCUGCGCAUGCAUCCCCCAGUGGCAAGGAUUGACAGGAUGUGCACCAAACCUUACACAAUACCAGGCACAGAUGUGAAGAUUGAUGUGGGAGAUAGUGUGUCCAUACCAGUCAUGGGAUUGCAUUAUGAUCCACAGUACUACCCAGAUCCAUAUAAAUUUGAUCCAGACAGAUUUGUGGCAGAAGAGAAACUAAAACGCCCUUCACAUGUAUAUCUGCCAUUUGGUGGUGGUCCAAGGAACUGUAUUGGUGCAAGGUUUGCAAUAAUGAGCACCAAAAUAGGAAUGGCUCAUCUUUUGAAAGAUUUUAAUUUGAAAAGAUAUGAAAAGACUGAUGUUCCAUGUCAGAUUGAUACCAAGUCAAUGUUACUUAAAUCUAAAAAUGGAAUCUGGUUACGCCUUGAAAAAAUAAAUGCUCAUUGAUUUUUAGUAUAAACUACAAUAAUUUAUGAGAUACUUUUCUAUGAAUAAAGCUUAUUCUUAUGGCUGUGCUUUUGCAAUUGCCUGAUUAUAAAUCUGUGGCUAUAAGAAUCUAUUAUGUUACACGACUUGCUACAUUUCUGUAUGUUGACUGAAGUUCCAAUAUAUAUGCAAAUAGAUUAGGUUUUGACAUAGAUGAGAAUAUUAUCAUAUUAACAAUUUAUUUAUUGAUACCUUUCUGAGGAUUACACACUUUGGCAAUUUUGCAACAGUAUGUAUGAAAUCCUGACACUUUAUUAUCCUCAAAAGAAAACUCUGUCCUAGAAGGGACAAUGUGAUAGCAAUACCUUAGAAGAAACAUUCAUAACUGAACAGUGUGCCUUCACAUGAUGAUUUAUUAUAAAUCAAAUUUGUAGCAUGUAAAUGUAAUGGAAGAGGAAGCUGUAUGUAUUCAUGUUGUGGUGUUGAAAUAUUUUUUGUGCCAGGCAUAGUCAUUGUUGAGUUGUCAGUUUGUAACUAUGUCUUCCUCUGAUUGUCUUUCCACAGUCAUUUAGGUUGACACUACAACACUCUAAAGUACAUGCCUUGUAAUAAGGAUGUGGAUUUUAUCACACACAAUAAUAAACAACUAACUUUAAUUAUGCCCAUCCAAAGUUUUUGUACACAACUAAAAUUUUUAAUAAAAUGUAAAAGUAUAGUGCAAAUAUGUAGCAGAAGGUAAAGAAGAUGGCCAUAUUGUGUGGAGCAGAAAUACUGUAUUCGGAAACAAUUAUUUAAUUUAUUUUUAAUUUUUAUAUUGAACAAAAUUAAUAUUCUUAUGAAUAAGGCUUACUCUAGAUGUAAUGAAGAAGAAUUUCAUGUUAAUAAAAGAUGUGUUUUGUAAUGUGUGUUUUGCUCCUCCUUUGCUUUGUAAAAUUUAUUGUAAGUCAUUUCAUCACGUAGGCCCUACAUAUCUGUUACAUCUGCUGCUUAAUACAUCUGUCAUGUGAUAAGUGUGAAGUUUGCCUGAUCAUAAUUGUUGUAAUCAAAAGAGAAGUACAAAUAAAUGAGCAUUUAUUGUAGCAUAA